AUGCCUGCCUACUUCAGUCUGCAAGGGAGUGUCAGAAAGGCCCUGCAUUCGCCGAGCCGAGAUACUACUCGUCAACGAAUCAAAUUAAGUGAUGACAGAAUAUGCAAGAGUCACCUUCUGAAUUGUUGCCCCCAUGAUGUCCUGUCUGGAACUAGAAUGGAUCUUGGAGAAUGUCUGAAAGUCCAUGACCUGGCUUUAAGAGCAGAUUAUGAAAUUGCAUCCAAAGAACAAGAUUUUUUCUUUGAACUCGAUGCUAUGGAUCAUCUGCAGUCAUUCAUUGCAGAUUGUGAUGGAAGAACAGAAGUGGCUAAGAAAAGAUUAGCAGAAACCCAGGAAGAGAUUCGUGCUGAAGUUGCAGCAAAGGCAGAACGUGUUCAUGAGUUAAAUGAAGAAAUCGGUAAAUUGUUGGCUAAGGUGGAACAGCUAGGAGCUGAAGGGAAUGUGGAGGAAUCCCAGAAAGUAAUGCAUGAAGUAGAGAAAGCACGGGCAAAGAAAAGAGAAGCAGAGGAAGUUUAUCGGAAUUCUAUGCCAGCUUCCAGUUUCCAGCAGCAGAAACUUCGAGUCUGUGAAGUUUGCUCUGCCUAUUUAGGUCUUCAUGAUAAUGACAGACGACUGGCUGAUCAUUUUGGGGGUAAACUGCACCUGGGAUUUAUUGAAAUAAGAGAGAAGCUUGAAGAAUUAAAGAGAGUUGUAGCUGAGAAGCAGGAGAAAAGAAACCAGGAACGCCUGAAAAGAAGAGAAGAAAGGGAGAGAGAAGAAAGGGAGAAGCUGAGGAGGUCUCGAUCACAUAGCAAGAAUCCUAAAAGAUCCAGGUCCAGAGAGCAUCGCAGACAUAGGUCUCGCUCCAUGUCACGGGAACGGAAAAGGAGAACUCGAUCCAAAUCCCGGGAGAAACGCCAUCGCCACAGGUCCCGCUCCAGCAUCCGUAGUCGCAGCCGCAGCCACCAGAGAAGUGGGCACAGUUCUAGAGACAGGAGCAGAGAGCGAUCCAGGAGGAGAUCCUCAAAAGAGAGAUUCAGAGAACACGACUUAGCAUCACGUGACAGAGACAGGAAUUCAAGAGACAGAUCACCUCGUGACAGAGAUCGAAAAGAUAAGAAGCAGUCCUAUGAGAGCGCUGAUGGCAGAUCAGAAGACAGGAGGAGCUCUGAAGAGCGCGAAGCAGGGGAGAUAUAAUUAGCUGUGUACAUAUCCUCAAUCCUUAAGCUUCCUCUGGAGUUACAUACUAUUGUUUAGUUUACAGCUGUUCAGGGUGACACAGUGAGCAGUUCCAGACACCGAUCCAGCUAGGCUAGGUGUAUAGCAUCUAACUUGAUCUGAACUUGUUUUCUUUGAUGAAGCCUAAAACUACAUCCAUAGUUUCUGGUGAACUUGUAAUACACUUCUGAAAGUACAGUUUUAUAUAAUAAGAUGCUGAUGUCUUUAUUCUUUCUAGUAGGAGUGAUAG